ACACGUAAAAAUUUAUUUGAGGUUAAACUUCAAUCAUUUCUAAUUGCAAUAAUAAAUUAAAUGUCAAUAAAGAAACGUCAUAGUAGAAUAAAAUUAAAAAAAAAAACUAAAUUAAGUCAUAAAUAAAAAAACUACUGAACUUUCAUCGACGACAAAUUAAAAAAAAUUACAAAGUUGACAUCAAAGAACUAUGACUGCGUAUUUAUCAGUGUCUGACAUAAAACAUAAUUUCUUUGUUAAAAUUAUAAAAUAUUCAAAUCACUAUAAAUCGUUUAUUAAUACAUUUAACAAAUUCGUGAUUCACAUUGAGGUCACGUGCUAAUUAUUAACACGUAAUAAUAAUCAUUAAAAUAAUAACAGUAGUAUGUAGUAGGAAUAAUAAUGUAGAGCAAAUAAUAUAUUUAUUAACAAGUGACAGUGUGUACCCGCCAAAUUUACUUAUUUAUAAUUACACAUAAUGUUUAUUUAUUUUUUUUUAAAUUUAUAAAAAGUUUUGUGAUACUCGAAUUAUUUAUUAAUAAAAUUUCAAAAUGGAGAAAACUAAAUCACGACAGCGACGUAAAAAAGAUAAAAGUCGGGCCUACAAUAUAGAUCGGCCAAUACCGGAUGCACCGACGAUGGAAGAAUUCGAAUGUCUUCUGGGAGAGUCUCCGACAAAUUAUCCUCGGGUCGAAGGAAUCGCAAAUAUGGAAAGCGAACUGCAUUCAGCUGCGAUUGACACUUCAAUUUACGAAAAAGAAACCGUGUCUCAGAAAGAGGACAAGGAAGAAGAUGAUCAAGAUCCACGGGGUUCAAUAAAUCCAGCAAGUAUUCACGAAUCAGUGAUAUCAAUUGACGAGGUUGAUAAUACUGAACUACCGGAAGCUUCCGCGCCUUCUAAUGACUCAGCGAAUGACAGUCAGGAGUCAGAAACAACUUUUACAUCUUCGUCAUCUGCGGUAGGAAAAAUAGAAACAGACUUACAGGAAACGGAAAAAAACUAUACGUCAGUUAUUGAUCACACAUUUAAAUCAUUAAAUUUGAAUAAAUCUCAUGACUUGAACAAACUGCAAAAAGAUUUGAACCAGCUUCAAAAAGAUUUAGACCAGUCUCAGAAAAAUUUAAAUCAGUCUAAGAAGGAUUUGAAUCAAACACUUCGUCCAGAUAAUAAUUUAAUCGCUCAAUCUUCUUCAAACCACCAGGAGUCAUCAACAAAAUCAACUAAAUCCAAGCUUCAACCGUUCACAGACACUCAGCUGUCUUCUCUUUACACCAACAUCGAACUGUCUCACCUCGAAAGUUUCAUCAACGAUUUCAUAGACUCGCAACUCCGCGCAAAUGCUUCUCGUCACCAGCAUCGUCUCCACGAGCUCUUGAUGAGUUACCUCCGCGUCCGCAACCACUUGAUUCUCAACUCCCUCGAGUUGGAGAACCUCAAAAAAACUUGCAAAGAAGUCCAGAAGCAGCUCUGGCACCUAGACAAAGCUUCGAUAACCGAAGCCGGGGAAUGCCAGGACGGGAAUCCAGUCAGCGCGAGUCAUGAGUACUCGAUAGCACAUUUCAAUCAACAAGCUCUGGUGUCGCUUACUAAAAACCUCUCAUCAAUAAAAGACUUGCUGCAUAAUGCCCAGGCUCUCUACUGUUACGAAGCGGAAAUGCUAAAACUUCAAAUCGAGUGUUACGUCCAGCGUGUUUCUCUUUCGUGUCGUGAUCUAGUUUCUCUUGCACAAAACGCCUCAGUUUGUUUGGUAACAAACAACGUCCAAGUGCAGUCAUGCGCGCCCGAGUUAACGGAACUGCGUACUUGCAUAACAAUCCUGUUUAAUUUCCAACGGCGGGUAUUGAAAGACGGCAAGUUUGUUCUUGAUUCCCGCGAGUGGUUAUCAAAAUUAGUGGCGGUAUUAUUACGAAUCGCCACCUGGCAAGAUCAUUUGUUUAUACUAAAUCACGUGCUGCGUUGUCCUGGAGGCGUAACAAACUGGGCAGCGGGUUUCAUUCAGACUCCAGUGGCGCCAAAAUCACGGGGAAUAAGUCUGUCAAGUCUCCAAGAUCCGUACUUGGAUCACAUGAUAACGACAUUGGCGACUAUGCUGCUGCCUAUCAAGGAACGCGAUAAAUUUCUUGAACAAGUCCAGUUGUCUCUGCAGGACACGUCGAAUCCUGGAGACACGGUCUGGGUGAUGCUCGACGAAGAAGGCGAAGAAGACGAGGACAUUUCUACGGCUGCUAAUUUAUUCGAAAGUGAUUUGAUUAAUCUGCUCAAUCAAAUUCCUGUUGAUAAAUUAUUCGCGCAGGUCUUGCUGAUUGAUAAAACGGAUACUGGUUAUCUACAAGACAAGAAGGGCGUAACUGAGCAUCACAUGUUGAGGGUGAUUGCAUUUUCUACAACUUUGAUACGUCUGUUUCGCCAGGGACUGAAGACUUACGACUCGCCGCGGUAUAGACAAUUAGCGAAACGUCUGUGCGCUUUGAUACGCGACUGCGUUCAGUACGUCAGCGAUCAGUGGGAAGCUUUUGAUAAGAAUCAGGUCUUUGAUCAAUCAAUGAUGGACCGAUUACAGCUAGAGUACGAUUGUUUCUUCAUACGCGCAACGAUGUGCAUAUUCUCGUCGCGACGUCUCGGUGCUUGGCAGUAUCUAGCAGCUAUUCCUUAUCAAUUGAUAUCAUCUUCAGCGCUGUGGAAUAUUUUUUACUGUCUGCACAAAGUUCAGGACAACGAAGUUGUCUCGCAGCCACAAGUGGACAGUCUAGGCGAAUGGGAAACGGAACUGAAUUCAUCUUUGCUGAAACAGUUCGAAGAAAAGCUGAUAGACAUGCCGGGAGAUGAGUCGUAUUUUUUAUUGACGACCUUCGCUAACAUGGCAAUGGCCAGGACAUUCAGAGACUAUGAUUUUAUACGCGCAACAACGAUUGAUUUAUUUAGGAUUGGAUUUUUGAGCGAGAAGACUCAAGAGUCGUGUUCCAAAGACGCUAGAUCAUUGUUAUCUAAUUUAACGAAUAAAUAUCCUGCGUUAUUGUCAGACAUUUUGAUAAAACUGCGUGAUAACUUUGUGUCCGUGGGUAAACUAAGUCUGUAUUUGUUCACAGAACUGUCUAUCGGAAAAUGGAUACCAAAGGAAGAAGAUCUAGAAAUAUUGUCCGGCUGGUUGCAUAAUUAUGGAUUAGGAUCCACGGAAAGUCAUCUUGCGCGUUUGAUACUGACGCAUUUGAACUGGGGAUUGGAUAGAAAUGGCGACUUAUACCUCCCCCAACACCUGCACUAUCGGAUCGCUGUGCUAAUAGUUGAGUUGAUGAUAAAAUAUGUACCUGAGACUCCUGGACAGAGCACGUCCCUGCUAGAGAGCGUAAAAAAUGUAUCUGCGAUUGUGAGGCCGCAAAAUAACGAGCAAGCGUUUUCACUGUGGGCAUGGGAAAUGGUCACGAGAUUGCGCCUCCAUACUACUGACACCACGGAGUCUAAUUGCCGCAACGCGAUAGUAAAUCCCGCGGAAGCUUUCUUUCAUGUCCCGGACAUGGACACUGAUCCAACGCUGGAGGUCUUGGUCCAGGGUGUGCGCGAAAAGCAGCCGAUCGCUUGCUGGGUUUCGGUGCUGAUGACUCAGUGGGGACAUUCGAUUCCGCUUAUUUGCACGAAAGGAUUCACACAGCUCUCGAUACUGCAGUGUUUCUAUAAAUAUGAACAAAUACUAAUUGCAUUGCAUUGUGUGGUGCCUUUAUUUAUUGAGUGCAGUGACUCUUUGUAUAAAAAUGAACGGUUUUGUGCAUUAGUCAGUUCGCUGGUGAUGGCAGACAGGACUUAUGUCAAGAUGGCAAAAAAUUUGAUCGCUCCGGAGUUUCCUGGUCCUAUUAUGAGACAGUUUGGUUGGAUGAUCGAGUCACAUAUGAUUAAUUUUAAGAGAUACUGUCUACAAAACCCCGAACCAUUGGUUCAGUUAUGGCUGAACAUACUAGUCCGCAUCCCCGACUGGAACCGUGAUAAUAACGUCAUGUAUCUAAUGGACAUCGUUAUCCGUGCGGCGUUUUUCCAUUUGGACGCGCGAAAAACCACCGAAAACAUUUUCCAGGCGCUUUACACGAAUUUAGGAACUGGUAAAUCAUCAGGCUCAAUUGGGUCUUUCUUAAAUUGGGCAACAGGCACUGGUUCAUCACAAAGUCUCCUCGGUGGCUCGACCCCUUCAAUCUGGCUGGCUUACUUGAUUCUUCUCACCGAGCAACAAGAGCGCGAACUGAAAACCGGUCUCUGGCGAGAAUUUCUUCGCGAACUGUCACUGCCGUCCAAGACAUCAGUAGACUCAGCAUUGAAACGCGCGUGUAGUUCUCUAAAAAUUACAUCAUUCGGUUCCAAUUCCCUAGCAAUUUAUCGAUGGUCUCAGCAAGCUCUCGAUACGCCUCUAGAUCAUCCUCUGUUGCCACUUCUUUGGCAGAACUUUUUCACGCUUUUCUUAGCACGCGUACCCACGGCCUCCGGCGUCGUAGAUCGCGGCGGCCUGGGCGAUAAGUUCUUCGAAGGGAUGAUCAAUCUCAGUUACCUUAAGAAACUUAAAAAACGCCUAAACGAAACCACGGAGUACUAUCAAGUAAAAGGAGAACGUGAUUGCGAUAACGGGCAUCCCAUAACGGAUGAACGUCGUGUAUUUUACUUCAACACUGCCAAAUUUUAUAAAACUCUGAGUUUGUGGCUCGAAGAACCACGUUUACAAGAGACUGGUCUUUAUUUACCUGCCUUACCGCCUCAAUACAUGUCGCAGAAACUCAUUGUCCUGAUGCAAGGCGACCACAGUCCUUGGCUAGAGUACAUAGACUACGACCGUAUCAUUAAUGAACAAUUGACAUCCCUCAACGAUUGGCAACGUACUUGUCACCGUGUUCCUGAUGAAUCUCCAACUAGGUCUCCCGCAAAAUCUCCAACUUCUGCAGCCUUAAACUCGACAGAGUUGGAUCCCAUUCAGCGGAUUUACCGCCGACUGACGACAUACGAGUGUCCAGAAUCGCCUCCGCUAUUAGCAAAACACAAUGUACUGAUAGAAAACAUAUCACACGAGUCUCUGCACAGUCCAGAAAAAGUUCUAAGGACAGUGCAGCCUCAUUUGAAAGUAAUACUCGACUACGCCACGACCUACAACCUCAUGGUAUCCGAGCAUACUGUAGCAGACUGCACGUUUUUAGAACUGAUUCCUACAUUGUACCGCGAAGUAGAUACUCGCGUUACCUUACACGCUUUGUGUGAUCCAGCUCCCGUUGGGUCACGUCGUCGUUCAGGGACCCCACCUACUGUACACUGCGCUGGACCCGCGGUGAUCCGUAUAAAAAUAUCUGAAGCACGCGUCAGUGAAGGCAUUGACGCCCUGAUAUCCCAGAAUCGUGCGGAAUACGAAAACUUGCUGAUCAAAGCGUGCCAACCACCGCCCAGUAAAGUGACUCAAGGCUGCGUAUUUAUAGAUCAUUUGAUUGCCUUACUUGAGCAUGAGUUAAAUGUUCAUCGUACUUGUGAAAAUACUGCCGUUUUACAAGACCUCCAGGCUACUGGUGUUCAACUAUUUUACUACCUCGUUGAUAUUUACAAUGAAGAAGCUGCUCUGUGCUUACCAACCAAGCAGCUGAUAACCACCUGCGUUGAAAAGUUGGGACAGUUGUUCAUUAGCGGGGAAGAGAGUCAAGGCCCACGUUUACUCAGCACCAUAAUCCAAAGGUCUACACUAGGUGGCCUUCUGGGUCCACAUUUCACACCGGUUGCAGGUGGCGCAGUCAACUUUUUGCCGAUGUACUCAACAGUAGUCGAUCUAUCAACCAGCGGCAACGCUGAUCUGUGCUUUGUGCUGUUAUCUAAAUUUGAUGUCAGUGCUUGGCUUAACUACCGACGUCCUCGUCUGAGCGAGAGAUCAACUUUCAUAGAACUUGUGUCCAAAGCUCUUUGCAACAUAGGGCUCACUCCGGAAGAUGAUAAGCUGAUUCUGCAUGAGCUCUACCGUAAUCACUUGCGUCUGGUUCUGCUGCACGAGUUCCCCGAACACUAUGGCGAAGUUCUAGGCGCAAUUUUACGCGGCAGCGAGGGCCAGAAUUUGUCUCUAGAUGUCUGGAGGGGCUUGCUGGCUGCUUUGAGCGGUAGAUCUAGAUGCGUGGUGCUCCAUCCAUCUAAAGUUCGCGAAGAAAUUCGUAGAUACGCUACCGAACAGCGUUUACUCUCAAGACAAGAGAUUCAUGACACCGCUGUGCUACUGAGCAAACAUUUUAUGAAAGAACGCUUGCAGUACGGACUGUAUGGAUUGUACCCCAAGUACCGGGUGUACAAUGAGCCGCUAAAUAUGUUUCUAGGCAUGAUCGGACACGCGUUGGUCGUAUUGACGCUGCAGUUCGACCGCGGAUCGCUUGCUGAUCAACUGUGCGAACGUAUUUGGCCAGUAUUAAGUGACAUGUUCGCGCCCUGGAUCACUCCCUACUGGACUAGAAACUUGAGAGAACCCACUGCUGCAUGGAUCCAGCAGCUAACUGAUGACAGAAGCGUCUUGUUACCCUGGAUCAUCACCGACGGGCCUUACGCUAAUAAAACCGUAGCUAUUUUUGUUGAAUGCAUCAGAUUUAUCAUCGAUACGAUGCCAGCGAGCUGUAAAAUACUCGGAUAUUUGUGGCAGUUUUACGUGACUAAUUUCGCAAAUGCUUCUAUCAAAGAUCACAUUCUCAAUGUAAUACACGGUAACUUUCUGUCACUGCCUUGGGAUAAAUUUUUACCAGGACUAACUGAUGUCGAGUUUAUGGUAAAAGUUGUUGAUCAGUAUCUGCCUGACAGUCAUUUAUUUUUGGGAAGUAUUUUUGUUAUGAUCAACUGGACCACGUGGAUCAAUGACGUAUUGGCUACGCAACCGAUUGCUGUAGCAGCGAGGAUGCACGUUUGCUUGCUUAAUUUGCUGGUAAAGUUAUCAAACGAACCGAACGUAAGGCAGAAUGAGAAGGCAGUCCAGUUAGUUGUAGAAGCAGAGAAGUUUGCGUGGCACUUGGUUGACUCUACUGUGUAUGACCAGGUCGUUAAUUGGCAUGUAAUGAGCUCUGAUCCUCGAGUUAUCCUCAGCGCCACUGGGUCCAACAAUCAGAACCAGGUUCACCAAGUAGAUGUCGCUGUCAAUAAUUUACUGAAAAUCGUUGCGGCCUACGAUGCGACAGUGACUCAUUUUCAUCCAACGACCUUGAAAAAACGUCAGAUUUAUGUCCGCUCGACGGUUAAAUUGCUUGUCAACUGUACGACACGUCAUAAGUCAUUGAUAUCAACAAAUGUCAAAGCUUUUACGGCGACUCUAUCAAAGAUGCUUGAUGACAUGGAAGUUAUUAUCACGAGCACAGUUUCAGAAAACCAACAAGCAGCGGAGGCAGGUCUGCUGAUCACUGAGCUGCUACACUCGGUUAAUCAGAGCAGUUUCCUCAUUGAUCAACUGCGGGUGAGCUGGUGCGCCUGGCUGGAGAACAAGACUGCGGCGAGUCCUAUUCUUCUGGGAAUACUCCGGGUCAUUGGGAUGGCAGUGACUUCCCCGGCGACUUUGGGCGAGAUCACUGAAGCGGCAUUAGAGUCGUACUUCAGGCACAGUAUUGCGGAUGAUGUUGAGCCUUCUUGGAGCAGUGUUUUGGCGAUUCUGCAGCCGGUCGUUCCAAGACAGCCGCCUAUUGAAGGAGUCCUGGUCGCUGAAGGCAAACUAUUGGCUCUGUACGCUGUGCUGAUGAAACGUCUGCCGUCUUGUAGGGAUAUCAGGGAAGAAGGAAUGAUGCUGGUUAAUCUUGUUGAUUGGAUAGCAGCUAUUAAACCAAAUGAUGUAGUUGAAGAAAAGUUUCCGUUGCUGUGGGCUAAAGCAUUUGAAUUAGCAUACCGCCAAUGCCAGUACAAUGAAAACACAAUAAUUGCCGCUAGAUCAUUAAAAAGACUCGCACGAGCACUGCUAGCAGUCGCCGAUGAUGCAGGACAAGGUUGGGGAAUUCUGGGGGCCAUUGGUUUAAGAAAAGGGUCACAAUUAUCAAUCAGAUGUAAAUUUUUAGCACGUGUACUAAGUACCUACUGCUUCGCACAACUGCCAGAUUCAAAAUCCGAGCAACAAGUAGUGCGUUUUACUCCCCAUGCGCCGGGUGUCGCGCCAGCAAGAUCAAAUGAUCUCGACACGAUCGACGUACGGCCUAGUCCGGAUGCUCUCAAGGGCUUGCAGACCCUCGAGAGUCUUUUAGCAAACAAACAGUAUGGAGAAUUAAAGGGUGACAUCGAACAAGCUAUCAAAAUAAUACGCGAUUCCGCAAACUCACUGCACAAUGCUGUUAAUAUCGUUGGGCUCAUCACCACUGAGCUGUACAAUGAAAAAUAUCUUCACGUACUCAUGGAAUAAAAAGCUUCAUUGUUAAAAUUUAUUACUCGGUUCAUCAAUUACGCAGUUUUUGUUAUGGGAUUUAUUUUUUUAAGUAUCUAGUCACUAAAUUAUCGAACAGAUUUUUUUCAUCGCUCUGGAUAUUUUUAAGAGCAUUCGCAGAUAUUACCCCCCACUUUUCAAAAAUAUUCAUAACCGUAUUUGAAUUUUGUUGAAAAAAAAUUACUUACAGUUGUUGCUAAUUAGGAAUUAAACGAAAUUUGUUAAAUUUCAGUAAAAUUUUCAUGUCUUUUGUGAACUUCUCUUAGAGAGUGAAUGAACUAUGAGUCGCCCCCACUACGGAUUACUUCUAAACUGCGCAUGCGUAAGGAAUGAGUGGGAGAAAAUUUAGUUCAUAGAACACCUGGUGGGAGUAAAAACCGAAAACACCCGAAGUACAUUCGCUUGGGACAUUUUUAGGCUAAAAUUUAUUUAUUAAAUUUCGUUUUAUUCCUAAUUGAUAACUAAGUAAUUAAAAAAAUUAUAACCACGUUCUUUUUUUCAAUUAAUGCUCUAAUUUUUUUUUUAAUUAAUCAAUAAAAUUUCAAUACGAUUGUGAUUUUAAAAAGUAGGGGCGCUGAUUAAUGCCCUUCAUUAAAAAAAUACUUUUUUCAUUUGCUUUAUUAAUUAUACGUUAUUUAUAAUUAUAUUGUGAUAUAUAUUUUGGUUGUAGAAAUUAGUUAUAAGUUUAACUACUUGUU